CCUUCCCUAGCCAGUUUCCGUCCUCACUUGCCUUCUUCCGUCCAUGGCUUGCCCCCUCUGACCCCACCGGAGCGCCGCCGGGAUCUCCAAGGAGAUGCCGCCUCCGCCGCCCCCGCCCCCGCCUCAGGUGGCUCCUCCGGACCACCCGCAGCUCCACGGCGUGGUCAUCAUCACCCUCCCACCCCCGGACCAGCCCUCCAAGGGCAAAACCAUCACCGCCUACACAUACACCGACGAUCCGGGCACUCCCCCGACUCCGCCGCCGCCGCCGCGUCGGCCGCGGUCGGGGAUGGACCCCGCCGCGGCCAGGCGGCCGAGGCGGGUGGUGUCCCCGCGGCGGGCGGCGGCGAUGGUGCUCGUGCUGGGCGCGUUCGCGCUCGCGGCCUACUACUGCUUCUACUCGGACGUGGCCGUGCAGUUCCUGGGGGUGGAGGAGGAGGAGGUGGAGAAGGAGAGGAACGAGACCAGGUCGUUCCUGCUGCCGCUGUAUCCCAAGACGCGGCAGGGGCGCGCGCUGCGGGAGUUCGGUGACAUCAAGCUCGCUGCCAAGAAGAUCGACGAUGGCGGCGUCAGGAAAGGCGUGAACAAGUUGGAGGCGAAGAGGGCAACCUCGGCCGGGACGAACUCCACAGUUCUGCUUCCGAUCAAAGGCAAUGUGUUCCCCGAUGGGCAGUAUUACACGUCUAUCUUUGUUGGCAAUCCACCAAGACCUUAUUUUCUUGAUGUUGAUACUGGAAGCGAUUUGACGUGGAUCCAGUGUGACGCACCAUGCACAAACUGUGCCAAAGGACCUCAUCCCUUAUAUAAACCAGCGAAAGAAAAGAUAGUCCCUCCCAGGGAUUUAUUAUGUCAGGAGCUGCAAGGCGACCAGAACUACUGCGCGACUUGCAAGCAAUGUGACUAUGAGAUUGAAUAUGCUGAUAGAAGCUCCUCUAUGGGUGUCCUGGCAAAGGAUGAUAUGCAUAUGAUCGCUACAAAUGGUGGGAGGGAAAAACUAGACUUUGUAUUUGGGUGUGCAUAUGAUCAGCAAGGCCAGCUUUUGACCUCACCGGCAAAGACUGACGGAAUUCUCGGUCUUAGCAGUGCUGCAAUAAGCCUUCCUAGUCAGCUGGCCAGCCAAGGAAUUAUUUCUAACGUUUUCGGCCAUUGUAUUACUAAAGAGCCAAAUGGUGGGGGUUACAUGUUUCUGGGGGAUGAUUAUGUACCCAGAUGGGGAAUGACGUGGGCUCCUAUUCGAGGUGGUCCAGAUAACUUAUACCACACAGAAGCCCAGAAAGUAAAUUAUGGAGAUCAGCAGCUCAGAAUGCAUGGGCAAGCAGGAAGCUCUAUUCAAGUGAUUUUUGAUAGUGGAAGCUCAUAUACAUACCUUCCAGACGAAAUAUACAAAAAACUUGUUACUGCUAUUAAAUAUGACUACCCCAGUUUUGUCCAAGAUACAUCAGAUACAACAUUGCCUUUGUGCUGGAAAGCUGAUUUCGAUGUUAGGUACCUAGAAGACGUCAAACAGUUCUUCAAGCCCUUGAACCUUCAUUUCGGGAACAGAUGGUUUGUCAUUCCCAGAACAUUCACCAUUCUUCCCGAUGAUUACUUGAUCAUCAGUGAUAAGGGGAAUGUUUGUCUGGGGCUGCUAAAUGGAGCAGAGAUUGAUCAUGCGUCAACACUAAUAGUGGGAGAUGUUUCUCUGCGCGGCAAGUUAGUUGUGUAUGACAAUGAACGGAGGCAAAUUGGAUGGGCUGAUUCGGAAUGCACCAAGCCACAACCACAAAAGGGCUUUCCCUUCUUCCUCUGACAAACAUUUGCAUAAUAAUAAACAUAUGUAUAAUUGAUACAUAGCGAAUACCAGUAGAGCUGAUCAUUCCAUAGCAGCUGCCCUUAUGUGCCCUAUCUCAUCUUCCCCUGUUGUACUACAACUUUGUUUGUAAUUACCGCAUUGUAUAUACAUAUACACGCGCAAUAAUAUGUACUGUUAUUCCUUUCCUUGGACCA